AUGGGCAGUAAACCGGACACCUGGACCAGAUGGUUCGACGUGGACACGCCUACACAUGGGUACAACAAUGGCGACUAUGAGACCGUGUACCGAAUACAACGAACUUUCAAAAUCUGCGACAAGGAUUACGAAAUCACGGCCGCAGAAUGCAGCAUCAACGGAGACCCCCAGAAUACCUUCACGGAGCAGACGCCAAAAGAGCUGAUCAAAGACAACCUUCAGAGAUUCUGUACCACAGAGGGAGUGGUCUGCGCAAACGAAGACCAGCCGGAAGGGUCUAUCUGUGAUGACUACAGCGUUAGGUUCCGCUGUCAUUAUACUGGGGACAAGGACAACAAUGGAUCCUACCCACAAUUCGACGUACGCAUCUACAUCAUCCUGGCAGUCGUUCCAAUUCUCAUCUUUCUUCUCCGCAUGCUGUGGACUUACGUCUGCAGGAGGCGCCGACAACAACGACGAAACGAGCGACGGGCCCGGAACAGGUUGAACCGGGCAAACGGUGACGAUUAUGACGAUGAUUCCUCGUCCGUAGCUUCGGGCGUGGCCAACCCGCCGCCAUCUUAUCAAGAUUUGUUUGGAAAAACUGGCCAUGCUACUUCCGGUUCGUCAGUGUUCGCGAUUUCUCGGGAUAACAUUCCGAUUUGCCAGCAGUGCCAGCGGGAUUCAUGCAGCGUUGCAUCCAUUAUUGGAAAGCAAAGGAGUCCGCAACACGCUCUCUCCACUGGGCAGUCUGCGUGGACAGGGUCAGUUAGUGUUUCUCAAGAGCAACAAACGGAACCAGUGAUCGAGGGAGACUCGGAGAAUGGGGAGGAAAACACAGGAAACAUCCCUACUGACGUUGUUCACGUUUCCAAUCCUCCUUCGGUUUUUACAGAUGUCCCAAUCUCAUUUUUAGAAUCAGCUGAGAAUCCUCGUUCACCUUCAUCUCCAGUGGAAGAAGCCGUACCCCGUUCAGCUGGGGAUACUUGUUCACCUUCAGCUGAGGAUACUUGUUCACCUUCAGCUGAGGAUACUUGUUCACCUUCAGCUGAGGAUACUUGUUCACCUUCAGCUGAGGAUACUUGUUCACCUUCAGCUGAGGAUACUUGUUCACCUUCAGCUGAGGAUACUUGUUCACCUUCAGCUGAGGAUACUUGUUCACCUUCAGCUGAGGAUACUUGUUCACCUUCAGCUGAGGAUACUUGUUCACCUUCAGCUGAGGAUACUUGUUCACCUUCAGCUGAGGAUACUUGUUCACCUUCAGCUCCAACAGAAGAAGCUUUUUCACCUACAGCACAGAUUGUUGAUUCUUGUUCACCUUCGCUUUUAACAGAGGCAGCACUAAAUGAGACACCUUGUUCAUCAUUCGUUCUAACAAAAGAAUUGAGUUCACAGUCAGAUUUAACAGAGGCACCUAGUUCACCUACAGAUGCAAUAGACAGCUCCAUCUCAUAUCUAUAUCCGGAAAAGACACCCGAUUCACUUUUAGCUCUUACAAAAACACACAGUUCACCUAAAAUGGCACCAAAUUCAUCUUUGACGGUCAAGGAGGCACCCAGCUCACCACUGGCUUCAACUGAGGUGCACAUAUCAACUGGAUCGUCAAUAGAUACGAUAGGUUCACCUUUAGCCUCAAUAGAGUCACCAAGUUCACCUUUAGUCUCACAAGAGGUUACUAAAUCACCAACAGAGAUACCCAGUUCACUUUUAGCCUCAACAGAGGCAAUCAAUUCACUUGUAGCCUCAGUCGAGGCAUCCAAUUCAUCUCUUGCCUCAAAUGGGGCAACCAAUUUAUCCUCAAAAGAAGCAGUCAGUUUACCUUUAGCCUCAUCAGAGGUAGCCAGUUUACCUUCGGUCUCAAUCGAGGUAGCUUAUCCAUUUUUAGCCUCAACAGAAAUACUCAAUCCACCUUUGAUCCUCACUGAAGCACCAAAUCCCCAACCAUAUGCAACAGACGCUCCCAGCAGCUCACAUCCUUCAAAUGAAGAGCCCAUUUCUAUGUCAACACCAUCUUAUGAAGCUUCUCCGAAAAUUGUUAUUGCUAUUGCAGAAGCGGAUGUGUCCAGUGGUAUUGCAACAGAAACAUCUUUAGUAGAAGUCAUAUCUAUUGGUGACACACAGAGUGACGCAAACGCGACCCUUGACACCGAUAAUCCACAGACAGGAAACAGUCAAGAUCAAAUUAUCUCCCAGAACAGUAUUUCAGAAACUUUAGAAACAUCAUCACCACAGUCAUCACACUUAUCAUCAUCUUCGGAUUUGUCUCUUUCUUUAAACCCUUCACUCCUAAACCCCGCGGACAUCUCUGACCCCUGCGCGUGUCCGUGUCAUCGGACGAUCCCACUCAAACACCAGGGGGCUACAGGUUAUGACAAUCAAGGGUAUGCUUUUGAUGGGGACGUUGAAGCCUCCAGGCACCCCUCGUUCCCGGGCAUGCACGUCCCAGUAUUUGGUUUCCAUAGAGUUUGGUCGGAUCUCUCUGUGGCCUCGUCUGUCACUCCGGCAGAUCUGCCAACUUAUGAACUCGCCAUUGAACUCAUGAAUGAGAAAAAGACGAAGGAUGCUGAAUCGCAAACACGUUCUAACUGA